AUGUUGGUCAGCAAAUUCUCUUUGUUCGUUGAGAUUGGACGUGUUGUCUUCAUCAACUUUGGUGAAUACAGAAACAAGACUGCUAUCAUCCUCGAAGUCUUGGAUCAAAAUAGAAUCUUGGUUCACGGUCCAACCACUGGUGUCCCACGUCACGUUAUCAACUUGAAGUGGAUCGCUUUGACCAAGCUUAAGCUCAAUGUCUUGAGAGGUGCUCGUUUGACUACUCUCACCAACGCCAUCAAGGCUGCCGAUCUCGACAACAAGGUUGCUCAACUCCGUAUCAGCAAGUCAGUCGCCGCCGUCGAAAAGAAGGCCAACUCAUCUGAUUUCGAACGUUUCAAGUCCAGAAUCGCCAAGAAAUCCGUAUGUAUCAACUAUUUCACUCAAUCUCUUAUCACCACAUCGUCAUCAGAUCAUCAAAACAGGCAGGAUAAACAACAGAAUAUAGAAUACAAAGAAAACAGCUUUUUUGGUCACUAUUUAACCAACCACAAGGUUGCUCUUGAAGUCAGAAAGUUAGUCAAGGCUGCCAACGUUGCCAGAAACGCUAAACUUCAAGCCAACAAGGGAAAGAGACCAGCCAACAAAGCCCAAUAA